AUGCAACCGUUCCACCUUGCUUCUCUCGUUUACCGCUGUUACAUCGUACUCGGUCAGUUACAGUUCGUCAUCUCCGAAAUCAAUCCGAUUCAACAUCAUACCAGCCACUGUGUUGAUUCCAUCUUCGGUACUUCGUCGGUGUGCGAGAUUGGAAGGCAUCCGAUUACUCAUCAAGUCUUGGCUCAACAUCUGAAAUUUCUCUUGCAAGAUUUAUUUAUUACUGUUGCACUGCCUGCCACUAUUGACAGUGAGGAUGUAACGCCUAUGACUGUCUUGAUUCAAAAGCUUCAAAUUGCUUUGUCUUCAAUGAAGCGUUUCUCUGUUCUGCAUCUCAUCAUCACCGCUUCAUAA